AUGUCUGAAGACCACGCUUCGCAGGAGCCUCAUCGCUCCGCGAUACCAAAUGACGAACGAAAUGCUGAUAUCGCUCCGGCCGAUCAAGUCGAGGAUUCAGUAAAGGAGCCUGCGAUUUCACUAUCCCUUGUGAGCAAUCCUGAUUAUGAACAAGAGGUGCCUCCAACACCACCUACGUACUCUGCCUUGACUCCUGGGCGACGGCGACUGCUCCUGGGAAUUAUUACGAGUACGGGAGCAUUGGGGCCUUUGUCCGGUGGUAUGUACUUGCCCAUUCUGCCUCUUUUGGAGAGGGAGUUCGGUGUUGGAAGUACCAGUAUCAACGCAACUGUCUCCGUGUUCAUGGUUACGUUUGCAAUUGCUCCUUUAUUUUGGUCCAGCUUUGCCGAUUUGAGAGGGAGACGACCAAUUUAUAUCAUAGCUUUAACGGUAUUCAUUAUAUCUAAUAUCCUUCUUGCCGCGCUUCCCAAAAAUUUUGGUAGCCUCAUGUUUCUGCGUAUUGUUCACGCAUUCGGCUCGGCAGCAUUCAUGUCGAUGGGCGCUGGUGCCGUUGCAGAUAUCAUAGAACCCAAGAACCGCGCAACUGCAAUGUCCAUGUUUCUUCUUGGGCCACAAUGCGGUCCCGUCUUUGGACCCGUUUUAGGGUCUGCAUUAGGCGGGAAGCUCAAUUGGAGAUGGGUCCCAGCGUUUGCAGCCAUACUCUCAGCUGUUAUUUUGGUGGUUAUUGUACUGAUGCUUCCUGAAACUCUUCGAUAUCGAGUUGGAAACGGACAACUAUACGCUGGCAAAAGCUGGGUUCUCUUCCCUCCCAAGAUCACUUCCGAUACAGCACCAGAAGAUGAACGUGGCCAAAAGCCACCAAAACCAACACUUAUCGGCUACUGGAAGCUGUUCGCUUACCCCCCAAUCGGAAUCGUAUCAGUAAACACCGCCAUGCUCUAUUCGACAUAUUUUGCUAUGAUGGUCGCGUUGCCACAUGCCCUUGAAGACGGGUAUCGCUGGUCAACAACAGCGGUUGGUUUUGGCUACAUUGCGGCCGGUGUAGCUUUGAUGAUUGGAUCUCUCAUCGGUGGCAGACUCAGCGACUGGCGUCGAAAGAGGCUCGUAGCAGCUUCGCCGGGGUCCAAGGUUGAACCGGAGACCCGGCUGGUUGAUCAGAUAUGGGGUGUGCUUUUGUGUGUCGCUGGUACGGCCAUGUUCGGAUGGUUUAUUCACAAGUCGUUACAUGUUGCUGCGGUUCUGGUUGCAACAUUUCUAACUGGAUUUGGUAUGAGCUGGGUAUUUGUCGCUACAGCCGCGUUUCUCGGUGAAUGUGUACCUCUUCAGGCUGCCGGAGCAUUUGCUUUGGGGAACAUGUUACGGAAUCCUGGAGCCGCAAUUGCUGCUGUGCUCUAUCCCCCCUUGGUAGAUCGAAUGGGCAUUGCGUGGCUCUUUACGGGUUUUGCUGUUCUGGACCUAGUGCUCGUUGGAGGCUCUGUGCUGGGUGAGUCUAGUCAUGCCCCCGAUUUGAUUGCUUUGCUUGCUGACAAUUAUGAAAGUCUUACGGUUCCAUGGACAUCAUUGGCGCUAGCACUCCAUAGGUCCGGUGUUGUGAGAAAGUUCAUCACAUUAGCAUUUCCUGAGCAGACACGUUAUAUUGGCGUGCCUUUAUUGGCGUUGUCGGCCUUCACCGUGUCCCUGGCGCAAGGCUAG